UUAUAUUUUAAGUUAAAAUAUAUCAAAAGAUAUUAUUAAAAUGUAAUUUUAGAAAAUAUAUUUAAGAAUAUUUUCUUUGAUAUUUAAUUUUGAAAAUAUUUAAAUAAUGUGUAAGGUUAGAGUAUAUAUUUAAUAAUAAUUUAACUUAGUUGUAGAUAAAAUAAUAAGAAGUUAAAUAAAUAUAAUGGUCCAACUAUAACUUUUGUAAUAAAUUUUUAGUGAUUCCGUUUUAAUAGUAUAAAUAGUUCAAUCAUUAUUAGUUACGGGAAGACUAUAAUAGUGAUUAGUUCAACUCAUCCCCAAGCUAGAUAAUCGGUUUUAACGACAUUGGACUAUAAAUAUAUAAAAAAUUUAUCUUCUUUUUUUUGUCAUCAGCAAUACAGAUUCAUAUUGACUCUGUGAACCAAAUCGGGUGAUCUACAUCCAUGUAAACGACGAAAGACGGCUGUUUUCUAGCAUUGCGUGCUAGACUAUCCGCCUUUGAAUUUUGUGUCCGUGGUACAUAGAUGAUUUCUGAUCGUGUGAAACUCUCUUUCAGGGUCUUGAUAUCUUCCAAAUAAGUUGCAAAAGCUGGCUAUUCUUGUGGUUCCGAAAUCUAUCUUGAAUACCCAUAUAGAAAGUUCUUAGAACCUAACCAGAAAAAUAAAAUAAUAUAUAUACAUAUAGAAAUAUUCGAGAAAAGGGAAUUCAUUACGUAGAAAAUGUGAUGUAGUUCUAGUUAGAGGUUAGACCAUGAUGUUUCAAUUGUUGUCAGUGAUGGAUUUUUACCAUUGGUAUGAAAAUGCUAUUCGUUUUCACAUUCUUAGAUAAUCUCAAUAAGCGGAUGUUAUUCAAUUAUGUGUUUAAGAAAAUUUAAACCUAAACACAAUUCAUCAUUAUUCAAAUUAUUAUAGAUUUUGUUUUAAAAUAUAUUGUUAUUAAAUAUAUUAUUUAUAAAACUUAUUUAAAAUUUGGUUUCAUUUAAUAAAGAUUUAAAUUCAUUUUUUUGAACUUCUUUGUAUUUAAAUUAAUUUCAAAUUAUGCAAUCAUGUAUAUAUAUAUAUAUAUAUAUAUAUAACCAAUCAUCUAUAAAUCUUAAAUUUGUCAUAACCAUAUGUUUUAUAUUUUAAUUUUAUAAACUCACCAUCCAAGUCUUAUCCUAGUGUCAUAUGAUUUGUCAACAUGAGAUUAAAUAGUGAUUCUAUUUUAAUAGAAUAGAGCGUUAUUAGAUAUGUUAUUUAUAAAUUUUAUUUAAAAUUUGGUGUUCUUCGAUGAAUUAUUUAAAUCCAUUAUUUUUUUAAAUCUAGUAUUAUUCAACUUUAAAGAAACUUUUUUAAUAAAUUGAUUUCAAAUCAUUUAUUGUGGAAUCUCAUGAAUAACUGAAAUCAAAAACUAAGGCAUAUUACACAGAUUUUAGAAUUUUCUAACUUUAAACUAUCUGAAAAUUAUAAAUUUGAUGGAUUGCAUUAAUAAUUGAUUUUAGAUUGAAUAACACCCUAAGGGAAUCUUAUGGAUUAAUUAUGUCACGGCUUACCAGCUUAGUAUAUAUACAUUUCUUUUAUAAAUGAAAUUAUUCAUAUUAUAUGUUUGUUUCUCUAAGAUUGAGCAAACUCACUUUAGAGACCAACGAGACUUGUGAAACGUGCACAAUCACAUUAUCCACUAACCCACAAGAAGGUUCACCACUUUCCCUCCUUUGUUAUUCUUGCACAACAAGAAACCAAACUACUCGAUCUAUAUAUAUUUUAAAUAUCUGAAUGUGACUUUUGUUGCUUUUUGAAUAUAAAUUUAUUUGUUAGCCUUUCCGUAUAUAAUUUACGAACAUGUAAAUGCAAAGUGAAAUGCAGAUGAAAAUUAAAUUGUGUAAACUUUGUUUCUUAAUUUUCAGUUCGUACAAAAUACUUGACAAAACAAUGCUUUUAAACUCUAUAAAAAGAUAUGUUCAUAUAUAAACGGAAGCACAUAUCUUUCCCUCAUUUAGAUAGUGGUGUUAAUCUUGCCACCCAUUGUGUCUUUGAAUACAUAUCAAAGAUCCAACACUAGUUGAUAUUAAAAAAACAAUAAUACAAUUUAAAAACUAAAUAAAAGAAUUAAAAAAAAAACAAAAAUUACAAACGGACCGAAAUGUGCCACACCUUCACCUUCCAUGAUCUCUUUCUCUACUUAUUCUUUCCUUUAUAAAUGAAACCCUGUCUCAUAACAAAAUCAUUUGGCAACAAAAGUCUCAGCUUGUGCAUACACAUCUUUCUUUUGCAUACCCCCCCCCCCCCCCCACACUUCAAUGGAGAACUCCGUAAACAACUGCGUGAGACAAAAGGUAUUCUCUAAUCACCAAGUCAGAACGAUACACGAAGAAGAAGAAGAUCAAAAAGAAGAGAGUAGUUGGCUAAUCUACUUUGAAGACAUUGAUCACGAAGACGAAAUGGUCGAAGAAAUGAGUCAUUACUACGAUAAUGAUUCAUCGAUGAUCUCAGACGCUGCAUCUCCUGUCCACAACACAAAGAUACAUAACGUUGCUCGUCGAAAGGCUAAUAGUAUUAAUACAAACCCUAAAAAGAGAAGUAUCAUCCAUCAACACAAAGAAGAAAAACAAGAAGAAGAAGGAGAUGAAGACGAAGAAGAAGACACAGCCUCUUCUCCUUCGAAUAAAACUAAGGGUUGUCAUGUGUUGGAUGGUGGUGAAAAUAAUGUAAAUGUUACAUCAGAGGUAAUAUUCAAGAAACAUUGUGUUGCAAGAGACAUAAGAUCGAACAUAAAUGAAGUCAUAAAUGAAGAAUUCUUAUCUGCAGAACUGAAGAAGAGAGGACUUUGUCUAGUUCCUUUAUCAACGUUUUCUAAUUUUAUUGCUUGAUGAUUCUUGUUUAAAGAAAGGGUUUUUAACUGUGAUCAUUAUUUUUAUUCUUCUGAUUCUUUGAUGUAAGAUCUUUACUAUUAUUGACAAGUAAAUAUAUAGAAAAUGGAAUUCAGAUUGCAAAUUUAACACUUUGGAAAUGUCUACUCUAUGAUCAUAAGUGAGACUGAGCUUAUACCCAUCUUUUCGUUACAAAUCUGCUAUGGCCCUGUUCGUUUGCUCACUCAGGUGAUCUAUCUGGGUGAAGAUGGAAAUUGAUGUUCGUUUAGUGCA